AAAACCCAUAUUAGUAGCAACCACACAACUAUUCUUGUCAUAAAACAGACAGAAAGUGUGAGUGUUAUAGUGAGAAAGAGAGAAAUAGUGAGAGAAUGAGGAUAAGUGAUAUUUUCUGCUCUUCUCCGGCAUCAACAGCCGUACGACGAAGUACACUUCCCCACGACGGAGGAAUCACCGGAGGCCGCAGAUCUGUGGAUAGCCUCCGCCGGAGACAAAACCCUAAUAACAAAAGGGACAAAAACGCCCCAUGCUUCGCUUCCGAGAUGCCUUUCAUCCCAAUUCCUCGUCCGACCAUGAGCUAUAGAAACUCUUUUGAGUCUUCAACCGGUCGCAAGAUCACUACGGCUCACGGCGGAGACGUUCAGACUCGCCGUAAAAGCUCAGCUGACGUAGGCGACGUCCUGAGGAGAUCGAGGAGUUCUCUACAAGGCUCAUCAUCGUCGAGGUAUCUUCUACAGGAUCAUAAGUCUUCUAAAGAAGAUGAUAAGGACCUUUGGUUAUCAUCAUCAGAUCGUUCUAAGGAUUUGAUUCCUUUCCGUGACCGCAACGUCACUUCUUCUUCUUCAUCUUCUACUUCCUCAUCUUCGUCGUCUUCUAUAACCAAUGGUUCAUCGCCGGCUCCAUCCACUGAUGAUGAUCAGGUUGUGAUUUUGAGGGUAUCGAUCCAUUGCAAGGGAUGUGAAGGGAAGGUUAGAAAGCAUAUCUCCAAAAUGGAAGGGGUGACAUCAUACACCGUUGAUAUAGCAACAAAGAAGGUGACGGUGGUCGGGAAGGUAACACCUUCUGAAGUAGUAGAAAGCAUCUCCAGGGUCAAAUUCGCUCAGCUUUGGCCUUCUUCUUCGUCUCCUUCAUUUCCUCACGUUCCUAAUCAUUCCCUCAUCAAAUCUUAGUUUUCUCUUCUUGUAAUCUAAUCUACUGUUAUUAGUCAUCGAUCAUGUCGUGAUUGGUAUCAAUGUAAUAUUAAGGUGAUGUAUUUUAACAAACAUAUGUUGAAUCA